AUGGACGUGCCAGCGGAUCUGGCCUUGAUCCGCCACAAAUUAGGUAAGUUUAGUUUUUUGUUUAAGUGACCGCACCAAUUGGGUGCGGUCACGUGGUGUCGCGGGUUGGGAGCUGUGACAGUCUAUCUGUGUGUCAGGGUAUGUAUCUGUAUGUGUGUCAGGGUAUGUGUCCGUAUGCGUGUCAGGGUAUGUAUCUGUAUUUGUGUCAGUGUAUAAAUCUAUGUAUCUGUGUAUCUGCAUGUGUGUCAGGGUAUGUAUCCUUAAGUGUGUGAGGGUAUGCAUCUGUGUUUUAGGGUAAUUAUCUGUGUGUCAGUGUGUGUGUCUGUAUGUCAGGGUAUAUCUCUGUGUUAAUGUGUCUUUGUGUCAAUGUAUGUAUCCUUAAGUGUGUCAGUGUAUGUAUCUAUGUGUCUGUGUAUCUGCAUGUGCGUCAGGGAAUGUAUCUGUGUGUCAGACACAUAGAUACAUACAAUAACACACUUAAGGGUACAUACCCUGACACAUAGAUACACACCUGACACACAGAUACAUACUCUAAUACACAUGCAGAUACACAGAUACAUACCCUGACACACACACAUACAGACAUAGACACACAGACACAUUGACAUACAGAUAGACACACCAAUACAUACCCUGUCACACAUGCAAAUACACAGACACAUAGAUACAUAUCCUGAAACACAGCAGAUACACAGAGAUACACACUGACACACAGAUACAUACCCUGACAAACAUGCAGAUACACAGACACAUAGAUACAUACACUGACAAACUUAAGUAUACAUAACCUGACACACAGAUACACUGACACACAGCAAAUAGACAUAGAUACACAAAGUGACACACAAAUACAUACCCUGACACACAUGCAGAUACACAGACACAUAGAUACAUAUCCUGAAACACAGCAGAUACACAGAGAUACACACACUGACACACAGAUACAUACCCUGACAAACAUGCAGAUACACAGACACAUAGAUACAUACACUGACAAACUUAAGUAUACAUACCCUGACACACAGAUACACUGACACACAGCAAAUACACAUAGAUACACAAAGUGACACACAAAUACAUACCCUGACACACAUGCAGGUACACAGACACAAUGAUAUAUACUCUGACACAAAUACAGAUACACACUGACACACAGAUACAUUACCUGAUAAACAUACUGACAUACAGGUACAUACACUGAUACACAGCUACAUUGACAAACAUGCAAAUACACCAGGGCAUGACAAAUUUGCUUGGAAUCUUGGAGCCAGGAUUACAGAAGGUCAGGAUUAUUCAGACUCUAGACAAAACCGGGUCAGGAUACCAGAAAUCACAAGUCAAAUACGAAGCCAGGGUCAGGAUAUACGAAAUCACAAGUCAAUCCGAGGCCGAGGUCAAACACAGGAAAUCACAAUGGAAUCAUCAGGAGAAAUUAACGAAGUUCUAACAGAAACCACGAUAGGGCAAUGAAUGAGGGACAAAAAGAAGCCUUAAAUAGGCUCACGAGAGUUCCCACUGGUGCACGUCAUCUCUGCGGCCCCAAACAGCAUUGGGUUAUCUAGAUGACAUGGUCCCUUUAAGGUCAUGACGUCAUGGCAAAAUAUUUUAUAUAUAUGGGCUGCAGUUCGCCCCGCAAACCAGUCAUUUGCAGGACCAAAGGUAAGUUCUAUCUAUUUAGGCAACGUGGAGCAUUCAGGCCCAAAGACAGAGGCAAUGCGGCAACGCGGUGCGUCCUUCCCGCGUGGCAGGAGGAGAGGAGCAGUGUGGGUGCUGGAAAAAAGUAUGUUUUUGACAAGUUAGACCUCUAGUGGCCGUCACUCAAACCACGCUUGGCAUGGUGGUGCCCAAUAGCCUCCCAAUGCUUUCCUAUGGGAAAGUAUUGCUUGGCUGAGAUCAUCAAGACUGAUUAUCUCAACCAUGAGAAGGAUUCAGCCAUGGUAAGACCUUCAUGGCAUGGGAAAAUAGGUAAGUAAAAUCACCUUUCCCAUGUUAUCAGAGGGGGACCGGUCACCUAAACAGACACUCACUAAGAGACAGACACACACACAGACUCACAGACAGACAUACACAAGCUCAAAUAUAGACACACACACACAAACUUGCAGACAGACACAUAUACAAACACUCACAGACAGACACACACACAAACUCACAGACACAGACGGAUACACACUCACACACUCAGAAGUUGAUUUUUUUUAAUUAUUUUGUUUAAAACCCACCCAGCCUCCAUACCUUUUGGAAAGCUGGAAUGGUCAGGCUUUCCCUGGGGUCCAGUGGGGCUGGUGUCAUCUCCUUACUCUGCUCCCUGUCACGCACUGUUUAGUUUAGUAUGCCGGGGCCCGAAUGAUGCCAUAUUCUGGAUCCCAGCAUCCCUGCAGGGCACACGAGGGAGCAGAGCAGGGAGAUGAUGGCUCCCUCUCUUGCCCCCCCCAGGUAUAUUCCAGCUCUCUCUCAAGACCUGCCUCUGCUCUCCCACGGCUGACCGGCCACCUCUGCUUUCCAACAGCUGGCCAGCCGUCUCCCUCCGCUACAACUGACAUUGUAACAUGCUUCUUUAUUCAAUAAAGAUUAUUAGAAGAUUUAGAAAAUUAGAGAUUUAACUGAAAACAGCAAAGUGGAUUGUUAGCAUAGGACUUAUCUAACACAAUUAGAUAUUUUCUUGAUAAUGUUCCAUUGAAAGCUCUAUUGAGGGUCAACCUCAAACCCCCCUAGCCUCUCCAUGUGUGUCAUCCCUAACCCACCGCCAGCCACGGUACCUGGUCUGACAGGAAGUGCUGUCUCAGUGAGCACUUCCUUUUGGACCUCUCAGUCACGCUACACACAGGGCAGGAGGGGAGUAGCACAGUACAGCUCUCCCCUCCUGCUGACAACCGCGGGCCCCUGGCUGGUGAGGCUGCAGGUAGCCUACGGUCGCACAACUGUUUUUAGGUAUGCCACUGCCUGGGGGGACUUGAUGUUUAAAAUUUCAAGGUGUUAUCCUAUUAAGGCUGGGAUGGCGAGGUUAGUUCAAAACCAAGGUUGGUGAUAGGAAAUGGGGAUAUGCCCUAUCAAUGGUUUGAUGAUUUUAUUUGGGGUGUCUCUGGGAGCAAGCUUGUGUUUGAAAAUUUCUGUUAUAAUUGUCAUCAGGGCCACCAUCAGGGGGCAACCAUAACGGUUGUCACGGGCCCGGCGGUCCUGGGGGGCCCGGACCGCUUUGGCAGUCCAGGGACCCGCAAUUACUCUCUGCACCUAUAUAUAGUGUUGAUCUCUAUAUAUAGGUGCAGCCGCGGGCCCCCCCGGCUCCCAAUACUUGCAGAGGGGGCCCAGCAGACUGCAGCUGUACUUUACAGCAUUUCCCUCCCUCUAAAUCCAUGGCAACGCUCCGCAUGGCGCACACACCACGUCUCGCGGGAGUUAGAGACAGGGAAAUGCUGUAAAGUACAGAUGCAGUCCGCUGGGCUCCCUCUGCAAGUAUAGGGAGCCGGGGGGGCCACCAUGCCACCAGACCACUAAGGAUCAUGGAAUCUUCCCCCCUCCCUGCACCAGGUAAGAAACAGGGAGGGGGGAAUAAUAGUUAUUACAUUAACUGCAUACACUAGUAAACCCACACACACUGCAUUCACUACACUAACACACACACUGCAUCCACUACACUAACACACACACUGCAUUCAUUACACUAACACACACACUGCAUUCACUACACUGACACACACUCUGCAUUCACUACACUAACACACACUGCAUUCAUUACACUAACACACACUCUGUAUUCACUGCACUAACACACACACUGCAUCCACUACACUAACACACACACUGCAUUCACUACACUAAUACGCACACUGCAUUCACUACACUAACACACACACUGCAUCCACUACACUAACACACACUCUGCAUUCAGUACACUAACACACACUGCAAAGCACAAGGUGUUGAAGAUUUCUGUUUGAUUGUGUUACAUGAUUUAUUAUUAUGACAAUGACUAUGGUUUAAUAAAAAUUGCUGUGACUUUUUCUACCCACUAUGUCUAUGUCAGUGAUAUUUUUAUAUGGUAUGACAGCAUGGUGGUUGAGGCUACAUUUGUAAUGCAGCUUAUGGAAGCCCUAGAGAAGUAGAACAGGGCAGUCAGGAUUGGUAGGUUUAUAUGGAGGGCAGAGCUAUGCAAUUAGAGUAUAUAUACUGGGAUGGGUCUGGGAAUAACUGCCAGAAAUUAAUUUUGGAGCAGGAAGAAGUUUGUCCCACCCUCCAUCCUCCAUUGUAAGCUUGUUCUUGUUUUUUUCAAGCUCUUGCUGUUUGCGCUGUUUUUUCUUUUUCUUUCAGGUGAAUGAUCUGGUUCCCCAGUGGUGUGCCUACCACGGUCAUGGGGGUUACAGCUGCGACCGGGCACGCCACUCCAGGGGGCCUGGCCGCAGGUGCGAUCCCUGCGACCAUGGGUCAGUUGGGGGGUACAGCUACUUCACUUGUAAGGGGCCCAGGCCACCUGAGGGCCCCGCAAGCCCUGGCCCCUUUCAUGUACACAGACCGUAUCAGGGAGAUCUUUUGAUAUCCAUCCCUGGGUCUUUGCAAAGUUUGCGCAGCAGGAAGGGGUGGAGGCUCUCUGCCUUCACCUCUGAGGCUGGCUAAGUUUUCACUUUCCGAGCAUUGCUGUGGUAAUCAUGGCAAUGCUCGAUCACACGUGGUGCCAGGACUCACAGGAAGAGCCUUCACCCAGCAUAGGUGAAGGCAGAGAGCCUCUGCAGCACCACCACCCUCUCCCUGGAUGCUGGUAGGAAACAGGGAAGGGGAGAUAUACUAAAUAAUAGUUUUUUUAAAUUACAUUAACAAAAUAAAAUAUGCUCCCUUUUCAGCACCAACAGCCCCAACAAACACACUCUCUCACACACAAUGCAUAUCUACACACAUACACACUGCAUCCCUACACACACACACACUGCAUCCCUACACACACACACACACACACUGCAUCCCUACACAUACAUACAUACUGCAUCCGUACAGACACACACACUGCAUCCCUACACACACACUGCAUCCCUACACACAAACACAUGCACACACACACACUGCAUCCACAACACUAACACACACUGCAUCCACUGCAGUGACACACACUCUGCAUUCACUACACUGACACACACACUGCAUCCACUACACUAACACGCACUGCAUUCAUUACAUUAACACACACUCUGUAUUCACUGCACUAACACACACACAGCAUCCACUGCACUAACACACACACUGCAUCCACUACACUAACAAACACUGCAUCCACUACACUGACACACACACUGCAUUCACUACACUGACACACACACUGCAUCCACUACACUGACACACACUCUGCAUUCAUUACACUAACACACACUCUGCAUUCACUACACUGACACACACACUGCAUUCAUUACACUAACACACACUGCAUUCAUUACACUAACACACACUGCAUUCAUUGUGGGGCGGGAGGCCUGCCAGGCGAGGGGGGGGGGGCAGACCUUGUGCUUUGUCAGGGUUCCCAAAAUUUCUGGUGGUGGCCCUGAUUGUCAUUGACUAGGUUAUAUGGUUGAAGAUUUCUGUUUGAUUGUGUUACAUGAUUUAUUAUUAUGACAAUGACUAUGGUUUAAUAAAAAUUGCUGUGACCUUUUCUACUCACUAUGUCUGUGUCAGUGAUAUUUUUAUAUGGUAUGACAGCAUGGUGGUUGAGGCUACAUCUGUAAUGCAGCCUAUGGAAGCCCUAGAGAAGAAGAACAGGGCAGUCAGGAUUGGUAGGUUUAUAUGGAGGACAGAGCUAUGCAAUUAGAGUAUAUAUACUGGGAUGGGUCUGGGAAUAACUGCCAGAAAUUAAUUUUGGAGCAGGAAGAAGUUUGUCCCACCCUCCAUCCCUUAUUGUAAGCUUGUUCUUGUUUUUGUCAAGCUCUUGCUGUUUGCUGCUGGUUUUUCUUUUUCUUUCAGGUGAAUGAUCUGGUUCCCCAGUGGUGUGCCUACCACGGUCAUGGGGGUUGCAGCUGCGACCGGGCACGCCACUCCAGGAGGCCUGGCCGCAGGUGCGAUCCCUGUGACCAUGGGUCAGUUGGGGGGUACAGCUACUUCACUUGUAAGGGGCCCAUGCCACCUGAGGGCCCCACAAGCCCUGGCCCCUUUCAUGUACACAGACCGUAUCAGGGAGAUCUUUUGAUAUCCAUCCCUGGGUCUUUGCAAAGUUUGCGCAGCAGGAAGGGGUGGAGGCUCUCUGCCUUCACCUCUGAGGCUGGCCAAGUUCUGACUUUCCGAGCAUUGCUGUGGUAAUCAUGGCAAUGCUCGAUCACACGUGGUGCCGGGACUCACAGGAAGAGCCUUCACCCGGUAUAGGUGAAGGCAAAGAGCCUCUGCAGCACCACCACCCUCUCCCUGGAUGCUGGUAGGAAACAGGGAAGGGGAGAUAUACUAAAUAAUUGUUUUUUAAAUUACAUUAACAAAAUAAAAUAUACUCCCUUUUCAGCACCAACAGCCCCAACAAACACACUCUCUCACACACAAUGCAUAUCUACACACACAUACACACUGCAUCCCUACACACACACACACACACACACACACACACUGCAUCCCUACACAUACAUACAUACUGCAUCCGUACAGACACACACACUGGAUCCGUACAGACACAUUCACUGCAUCCCUACACACACACAUGCACACACACACACACACACACUGCAUCCAUACACACACACACUGCAUACCUACACACAAUGCAUCUCUGCACACAACGCAUCCCUACACACACACAAUGCAUCCCUACACACACAUAAACACACACAUUGCAUCCCUACACACGAACACACAUAAUGCAUCCCUACACACACACACCGCAUGCCUACACACACAAUGCAACCCAACACACACACAAAAUCAAAUGCAUCCCUACACACACAAUGCAUCCACACAAUGCAUCCAUACACACACACAUUGCAUCCCUACACAGGAAACACACAUGAUGCAUCCCUACACACACAUUGAAUCCCUACACACGAACACACGUAAUGCAUCAGUACACACACACACACACACACUGCAUCUUUACAUACACACGUGCAUCCCUACACACACACACACACAGCGCAACCCAACACACACACACAAACACAAUGCACACAAUAUGCCUCCCUUACACACACACACACACACACACACAAUGCAUCCCUUACACACAGAAACAGAUACUACUUCAAAAACUGGGUUUUUGAAGUUCUUUUGUAUCAACAGCAAAAACAUAUGUGAGGAAGGCUGAACUUAGUGGACGCAAGUCUCUUUUCAGCUAUGUAACUAUGUAACUAUGUAACUUAGUUUACAGUAGUGGGGAGAGAAGGACACACAUGGACGGGCUGGGACGGAGGGAAUGACACACAUGGUGGCUGGGACGGAAGGAAUGACACACAUGGAGGGGCUGGGACAGAGGGAAUAACACACAUGGGGGGGGCUGGGAUAGAGGGAAUGGCCGACAUGGGCGGCUGGGGCAUAGUCAAUGACACAUGGAGGGGCUGGGGGGGAUGAGACGGAUAGGGGGUUGAGGGGUAUGAGACACUUGGAGGGGCCCAGGGCAUUUUUUUUGCAGCGGGACCCAGUGAUUUCUAGUUAUGCCUCUGCGGUUCCAGAUUGGUGUUAUAGAAUUAUUUGUCACAGCAUUGCUUGAUGCUCAAAAUGUCAUGGUGUUAGUGCAUUAAGGCAGGGAUGAUGGUAGGAGCUAGGAGGUUAGCUCAUAACUCGAGGUUGAUGUCAGGGCAAGCUUGUGUUUGAUAAUGUCUGAUAUAAUUUGCUGCAUAUUGUGUUCUAAUUGUUUCACAGCACCCCUCCUUGAUCAAACCCUGACAUGUUCUCAAUCUAUAACCAGCAUCCCGUCACACCUACCUCAUAUUGCGGCAGCUGGGACAGUUUACAUGAGAGUGAUAUCAGGCGCCGGCAACAAACCUCAGACUUAAACCUCUGGAAAUGGUUUAAUCUCUGAAGGUAAGAGGCACUCAGACCCUCCUGCCCAAAUAAAUUGUUAUGAGGAUUCAGAGUGUUCCUUUCAGUGAAGACAAUUGAAUUCAAAAGCUGAGAAACAAUAAUAACAAUAAUAAAAAAGACAAACUUUGUUGAAAAUGUACAAAUGUGUAAUCACAAAAAUGGUAAUUAAUUUAAGGUAAAUCCUGCAAUAUUCAAGUGGAUAUUAAUUUGCAUAUUAAGACUUUCCAGUAGAGCUUCUUCUAAACCAAUAAUGAGGUACCUGGUCAGAAAAAUAUAUUGUGCAAAGCCAGUCCAUAAUGCAACUCCUAUUACCUUUUGUUUACUUGUGUAAUAGGGUAUUUUUUUUUUGUAGUAUAUCAAUUGUUAUUGUGACAUUACAGGCAUUGCAAAGCAAUCAUCAAAAAAUGAGAAAAAGACAUAAAGGUCACAAGGGAUGUCAUAUAUCAGAGUGAACAAUUUACAUAACAAUUAAACAAUAUAAUAAUACAUUGUAACAUCACAUACAUGUCAGUCAGAGACAUUCUAAAUCUAUGUAGUCUGGCAUUCUAAUCUCCUUUUCUCCAAUUAAGCUUUUUGAUCAACAUCAAAGAGAAAGGUGUGGGUGCAAGAUGUGAGAGGGACAGUGUGAUGUCCUAGUGGAAAUGUAGCAUAGCUAUUGCCCAUAAAAAGACUAAUCUAAGUCUUGGAUACAUAGUGAACUAUUUCUGAGACAUCACUUCAAGAAACAUGAUAUUACAGCAGUCUUUACAAAUAAGAGUAAAGCUGUAGGCUACUGGAGUUCUAUGGGCAACCCUUGGGAGAAUAAUGGUACGUGGAAAGGGUUGAGUCCCAACUACAACAAGGUUAGCUGUUUAGAGUAGGCAGUCAACUCUUGUAAAAAAGCCUGUUAAAGGAACACUCAUUAAGCACUUCAGCACAUCACCGCCGACAGUAUAUAUAAACUACACCAUUAUCUCUACACUUCUGUUUCCCCAUCUGCAAGUCUAUCUUUACAACAAAUGCAUAGCAGGCAGAUUUCUCAGAAUGACAAACUAUAUCACAAUGUUUGUGGUCCAGGCUGGAGGGGAGGCAGGGGCUCUGCCACUUGUGCUAUGUGACACAUUAAAGUACCUUUUUGUCACAUUUCUCCCCCCAAAGAAAGUCCUGCUGCAUGCUGGGACCCUACAGCCCAGGUCAAAGUCUGCAGGAGGACAGGGUUCCCCUCUGCUCUCCUAGACAGUCCUUCAGCAUUGCCAUGUGACUGGACAGAGCCGGUGCAAAGAUUUUUGGGUGCACAGGUGAAGAUGAUUUUGGAGGACCUCCAAAAGCAUCUUCACCUCUGUGUCUCUUAACCCAACAUUUGUUUCUUAUCUCCUUUUUUAAAUGUCUUACCCCUUUAGUGUCUUAUCCCCUAUUUCUUCCCCAUAGUUUGUCUUACACCUCCCUUGUGUAUCUCCUACUACGCUCCUUUGUGUUUCUUACUCCCCCCAGCCUCUGUGUCUCCUUCUUUCCCAGGCCCCUUGUGUCUUUUACUCUUACCAAUAGGAUUUGACUAGUCCAUACAGCUAUAUAUUUAGUUAAUAUCUGGAUAGACUUUUCUAUAUUGUUCACCUCCACUAUAUAUCUAGCUGUAUUAUUUUACAGGACCAGCCUUUCCAAUUCUCUUUAGGUGUAAGCGCUCACUUUACUACCUUUUAUAUAUUUAUAUAUUUCUUUUGAUGUAUCCGGUACUAUUAGCACUAUCAUUAUUGUAUAUAUUUUUUAGUAUUUUUCAAUAAAGGUUGUUUACCCUAUUUAUGUGACGUUGCACAUUAGGAGGUACUUUUAAAUGGGUUAGGCACUCCACCCACUUGUCGUGAGUGGACUUCCCACCCCAUUUUCUUUGUCUUUACUAUUAUUAAUUUUGGUGUUAAGCCCCCUAUACCUCCUGUAACCUCUUUGUUGGAGGAGUGGUGGUAGUGUUUCCUACCCCAUAACUCCUCCCUCUUUCUUUAUUAUGGAUUUUUAUUUGGCCUUUUUUGGAGCUGAAAAAAGAAGAUUUUAGAAAAAGUUUAUUUUUUUCAGGUACCUAGUUAAUGGUCUUUCCUCACUAUUUUUAGGGUGAGGGGGGUAGGUAGGGGUUAAAUAUUUUUUUGGGGAGGGGGGUGACUAGAGGUUUGGGGGUUUGGGGGGGUUAUAUUUUUAUUUAGGGCCCCCACCCGCUGCUCAGGGGUUGGGGCAGGGGAGGGAGGACAAUAGGACCCCCCAUUUUUCUAAUUUAGGGCCCCCACCCACCGCUCAGGGGUGGGGGCCAGGGGGGAGGACAGUAGGUACCCCCCUUAUUGGUAUUUAGGGCCCCCACCUGCCGCUCAGGGGUGGGGGUUGAGGGGGAGGACUAUAGGUCCCCCCCCAUACUAACUUAGGGCCCCCACCUGCCACUCAGGGGACAAUAGGUCCCCCACCCCUUAUUCUAAUUUAGGCCCCCCACCCACAACUGGAAGUUGCCGAUGUUCCGAAGUGUCGAAGUGCCAAAGUUCCAAAGUGUCAAAUUUCAAAAUGCCGAACCGUAAAUUUUUCUCAUGCACAUCCCUAGUCUCUUGUACCCAGCCAGACUGAUAUGAAGUGCUCUAUCAGUGAGCACUUCCUUUCAGUCCGGCCGGGUACAGGAAAAAUAAGUUCCUGUACCGCAGUGAGCACUGCUCCGCUUGGCCACGCUACACAGAGUGCAUGAAAAGAGGGAGCGCUGUGCACCCACCUCCUGCCGGUCACUUAAAUCUAGCGCCCCUCGGGCCGAUGCACCCUAAGGCAGCCGCUUGUGCCGCAUUAUGGACGUGCCGGACCUGUGACUGGACUUUGUGGUAUUGGAUUGUAAGAUUGUACUGUUGAAGUGCCAAGCUCCAUCUCAGCAGUCGCCCAUUGUCACCUGCCACUCGGUUUAGCCAGCAGAGAGGAUUGUGGUCUGUUACCACAGUGAACUCUCUGCCAUAGAGAUAGGUUUGUAGCUUCUUGAGAGCCCAGACUACAACAAGGCACUCUUUCUCUAUGGCCGCAUAGCUGACCUCUCGAGCCAACAGCUUUCGACGGAGAAAAGCUACUGAAUGCUCAAUCUCUUGACUAUGCACUUGACCUGAGACUGCCCCAAUGCCAUACAUAAAAUGCCAUAUAAAUAGUUUGUUGUGAUCCAGGGUGGCCAACACCGGGUGGGUACUUGAACUUUCUUUUACCUGAAAGAAGGUGGACUCGCAUUCCGGCGUGCAUGUAACCUUUUUCCUGGUCAUAUCUGUUAAAGGUUUUGCAAUGGCACUGUACUGGGGCACAAACUUACUAAAAUAUCCCAAAGUCACCAAGAAGAUAAGCACAUCCUUCUUGGUAUGGGGCCUUCACCUGCCCUCCCCUCACCCAAUGGCCUAAAUUCUGGAUCUUCCCCAUGGUAUAGUUACAUUUGCCGGAUUUAAUUGUCAGCAUUGCUUUCCCAAUCCAGUUGAGAACUAACAGUACUUACUGUACAUGAUUUGACCAGGAAGCGCUACAGAUAGCAAUAUCAUCCAGGUAUGCACACGCAAAGUCCCCGGACGAGCUGGUCAACUAAUCGCUGGUAAAGGGUGCGUUCUUCAUUCUGAAUGGAAUUACAGAAAGCUGGUAAAGCCCGAACGGAGUGAUGAUGUCAGACUUCUUCUUCACCUUCUCUCGAAUUCUCCAAUAGCCCAUGGCCAGAUCUAGCAUAGACUAUUUUGUCUUAUGAUUGCUAUUAAUUGGAGGUUCAAUUAAAUAUUCUAUUUUAAUGAAAAACUCAAAAGUGACAUUGAGUCAGUUUAGCAACCACAAUAAUUGGUUCUCAAAAUACAGAACAUUUUCAUUAAGAACAAAGGUCAUUAUUUAGUUUUGUGCCAAAUCGUUAUUUGAAAGUGUUAGGGGAAUAAAAAGGCAAGAAUACUCUAUAAUUAACUGUAACCUACAGGCACUCCCCUUAAUCAUUGGGGAAAAGGACACCUUAUAAAUUGUUGCCACUGCAAUAUCAAAAAGAAAAUGAAAGAAUCAGAGAGAUAACACAGCACAGCACGGUGAGAAUAAUCUACCAGUUUCACUGCCAGAACUUAAUUAUUGUAGAAUACUAUAUUUAGGCAAGUUUAGCAUUGUAGUAAUUUGGAGAUAGGAUUACUGAGGAAAACAUGAGCUGACAUGCUACACAAAUUACCUAUUUCUCACAUUUUAUUAGACAGACAGGAAAGAAAGAAAGAAAGAUAGAAAGCAAGAAAGAAAAGGAUUUUAUUGAAAUAAAAAAUUGCAUGUAUUACAGCCUUGUGUGCAUAUGUCUGUAAUGCGUACAUAUAAAUUCUUUUUUCAGUGUAUAUCCUGACUUUCCUUUUCUCCAUGGAGGUGACUAUUUCUUUGGUCAGAAUCACUGGUUAUCUGACCUAAGACUGUGCAGGGAAUUUAGAACUAUGUCUUUGUAUCUUAUGCACAGACUGGGCAUCUCAAAAAAUGCAUACUAGCCUGUUUUGAGCUGUUCAGAUUGUUUUGUAUUGUAUUGCGUGAGUGGUUUCAAAGUGGUCACAAACAAAAAAGAAUUCUGCCUAUAAUAAGCCUGAAAUUUAAAACUGCUAUUGCUUAAAACUGGGAUUAAAACUUGAUUUUAUUUAUGUUAAGUGACCAACUAGGACCUUUGUUUGCUGGACAAAUAAUAGGAGAAGUAUUGGAAUGGAUCCGCAGCUGUGAACGUGUGUAUAAUUAACUAUGCCGUGACAGUUAUUUGAAUAGAUCUGAAACCAAUGUUCAGACAAGUUCUUACAUUAUUAUUAUUAUUAUUAUUAUUAUUUUAUUAUUUAUAUAGCGCCAACAAAUUCCGUAGCGCUGUACAAUGGGUGGACUAACAGACACAUAAUUGAGAUCAGACCACUGACGUACAGGAACAGAGGGGGUUGAGGGCCCUGCUCGAUGAGCUUACAUGCUAGAGGGAGUGGGGUAUAGUGACACAAAGGGUUAAAGUAGGGGAAUUAAAUAGUUUUUUACAGAAGGGUUUAUUGAGUGCUUGGUAGGUCAUUUUUGACAGGUGAAGGAACGGAGUCAUGGGUUGGGGGAUGAGAAACCUGCUGACAGUUUAAUUGAUACGCUUUAAUGAAGAAGUGAGUUUUCAAAGAUUUUUUGAAGGAAUGGAGGCUGGGUGAAAGUCUGAUUGAGGAGGGAAGGGAUGUUUAUGGAAGCCAAUCUCUAACAAUCAAAGACAGACAUGGGUGAUAUAGGAACUCUCUGGGUCACACAUAACAAAGUAGUCAGACAAGUUAAACCUGAUUGUAACAAAUAAAAGUACCCCUACAAGCCUAUACAGGAAUACACUGGAUCAACGCUAGACAAUAUCUAAGUAAUCUUUAAGUCGAUAGAUAAUAUUUAAGUAAAGUCAUCUUAUAAAACAAACUGCCUGACGUGCAACCAUUGACUACUCCUGAUGUGUUAGGUGAAGUAAAAAGCAUAGCAAUGGCCGCUUUAAUGUUGUAAUGAGUUACAGUACUAUACAACAAUGUGGGAAAACUUAGAACGGGAGAUCUAAUAAGUUAAAGUAACACAUCUUAGAAGUAGCUAUAGAAUUGUAUAAAUGUUGUUAACUUUCCCUCAUUUGUAGACAGCCUGCCUGACUGUGUAAUGCUAGAGGUUAAUGGUUUAGAAAUAUUUUCAUUAACUUAAUUCAAUAAUACAGGGUAUUCUUAAGAGUUAGACAAACACCCCACCCCCACCACAGUGUACAUGGUGUCUAUGUUUCAAGUAUUUUUUUUUAAAACACACUUACACACGAACCUACACCUGCUUCCCCACAUGCAAAAUACAUACAACCCAAAACUGAUUCAUCACCCUAGGAAGCACAUAUACACCAAACCACCUUGCUCAAGCCCACCACUCUCACAGACACCCCAAACUCAAAACAACCCUGUAAGUCUCCCAUUUGUGCGUAAAACAUAUUAGCUCAAGUAUAGAAAUGCAGUGUGCGGCUAGAGGAUUUUAUAAAUUGAGCAGAAAAAAAUCACUUUCAUAAUAUUGGUUUCCCCAAAUUUGUGAAUAGUGUUUCCAGAUAAAAAUUAAAGAAUAAAUAAAAAAAAAAAGCCAGAAAACAGCCAGGAAAGUGAAGACAUAUGGAAAUUGAAAAUUGAGGUGUAACACGGGUAGCUAAAGUCUCAUUUUGUACCAAAUACUUAAUGUUGAUUUUAUUUUAUUUUCUUUUGUGAUAAUUACCCAACACUUUAAUUUUGUUGCUUUUAUUUUUUUAGUGACAAUUCCUCUAUUUUACAUAAAUAACCUGUCUUAAUCUCUCUCUUUCCAGCUUCUUCAUGAGUUCCUCCACUAUUAUUCUUUGAUGCUCAACAAUAGAAUUGAACAUCUAUAUUGUCAUCUCUAGGAGUACAGUAGUCCCUUCAAAAUUAUAUGUAACACGGCACUGUCUUCGUUACUGAUGUUACCUAUAUUUAUUUUAGCCUCCAUGGCAAUGUUGGGGCUCAGCACUUUAAUAGGAGUAUUAACUAACACAUUCAUUAUUGUUGUGAAUAUUAUCGAUAAGAUCAAAGGGAAGAACCUUAGCUCCCCAGACCUCAUCCUGGCCACACUGUCUGCAUCAAAUGUUUUAUUUCAGUUCAUUAUGUUGACUAAUGACUAUGUAAGUUUCCUGCACACUGAUCUCUACUUUACGGAUAAGGUGUAUAUCACCUUCACAGUCCUGCUGAUCCUCCCGGUCUACUCAAGUUUCUGGUUCACUGUUUGCCUCUCUGUUUAUUAUUGCUUGCAGAUUGUAAUAUUCACUCAUCCCCUUUUAAUAAGGUUAAAGUUGGUUGUGUCACGGUGGGUUCCACACCUCCUAAUAGCCUCCAUCUUUACCUCAAUGACCACUGGCCUCCCUGCUGCCUGGAACUUCUACAGGGAUGAACAAGAUUUUAACACAUCGUCCAAUCAAAAUACAGAAAUUUCUGUUCCCAAACUGAAUGUCAUCUAUCUGCUUCCAAGUAACCUCAUUAGCUGUUCACUUCCAUUAGUUCUUGUUGGGAUUGCCGAUGUGUUAAUUAUCAAAGCCCUGGUGACCCACAGGCACAAAGUUGAUAGAAAUACAAAUGGAGAGUCGAGUGGUCAUGCUGAAGGUCGAGUAAGGGCAGCCAGGACAAUUAGCUGCCUCCUCUUGCUAUAUAUGCUUUUCUACAUAUCUGAGAUUUUCAUGUUCAUAGAUGUUUUCCCUCCCAGUAGUCCCGGAUUCUGUGCCUGUUUAAUGGUUAUCUACAGUUAUCCGCCUGCACAGUCUAUUGUUCUGAUUCUUGGAAGCCCCAAACUGAAACAAGUUUCUCUUAAUUUACUAAAAUGCACUGGGGCAUUUUAUACGGACCCUCCUAAAACAGUCUUCUUUAUAAAGCUCAGCUUUAAAAAGACAACACAACAAACAGAGUGACUUUUAUACAACUUUUUACUGUCCCCUAUUUUAUUUUGUGCUGUUUAUCUGUGCACAUUGUAUGGCAAAUAUAUAUUUACAGAUUCUUCUGUGUCCAGUAUGGUGGCAGAAUUUUUACAACAAAUUUCAGCUCAUGUUUGUGUCGCACGUGUCAUACUCUCACCUGGAGUACUUUCUUAUCUGUCUCAGGCCAAAGUUCAUAAUUAUAGCUUUUUAAGGAAGAAAUAUUUGUUUUUGUGAAGUAGGUAGAAUAAUAUUGAUUAUUAAAAUUUUUGCAUUUAAUUGAAUUACUUUUUUAGUUGAAUAAAGUGAUCUGUUCAUUAUUAUUACUAUAAACUAUUACUAUUACUAUAAACUCUUUUAGUAACAAAUAAAAAAUAUCCACAAUCCUGGACAACUCUACAUUUUUCAGUUUCUGAUUUAGUCUUGUUGUGAAACAGUUUCCAGUAGAAUACAAUCUUGAGAGUUUUUAAGCGUGUUCCAGGGUAAUUUAUCUACAAGCGUGUAGUAUUUUGUUGUGAAGCAUGCUCAAAAUAAAAAGUAUUUAAAUUAAAAGCAAAAGUGUAAAAUGUAAUUUUUAUUUGUUUUUAAAAAUAUUUUUAGAUCAUGAAUUGAUGACGUUUACUAUUAUAUGAUAGGUUUUAAAAUUGUAUUUUAUAUAUAUUUCUAUAUACUGGAAUGUACCUGUAUUCAUAUUAAAUAAAUGCAGUUAUUGACACUGCCUUAACAUUCAACAGGGUGCUGCAUAAUUUUAUAUAUACAGUUGCAAGAAAAAGUAUGUGAACCCUUUGGAAUGAUAUGGAUUUUUGCACAAAUUGGUCAUAAAAUGUGAUCUGAUCAUCAUCUAAGUCACAACAAUAGACAACCACAGUCUGCUUAAACUAAUAACACACAAAGAAUGAAAUGUUGCCAUGUUUGUAUUGAACACACCAUGUAAACAUUCACAGUGCAGGUGGAAAAAGUAUGUGAACCCUUGGAUUUAAUAACUGGUUGAACCUCCUUGGGCAGCAAUAACUUCAACAAAACGUUUCCCGUAGUUGCAGAUCAGACGUGCACAACGGUCAUUAGUAAUUCUUGACCAUUCCUCUUUACAGAACUGUUUCAGUUCAGCGAUAUUCUUGGGAUGUCUGGUGUGAAUCGCUUUCUUGAGGUCAUGCCACAGCAUCUACAUCGGGUUGAGGUCAGGACUCUGACUGGGCCACUUCAGAAGGCAUAUUUUCUUCUGUUUAAGCCAUUCUGUUGUUGAUUUACUUCUAUGCUUUGGGUCAUUGUCCUGUUCCAACACCCAUCUUCUGUUGAGCUUCAGCUGGUAGACAGAUGCAAGGCUGUUGCCUAUAAAAAUUCAUAGGCAAGAAAGAGAGGCUGAGACACUUUCCUGAAUGGGAUGGGUCUCUCAUAUGCAAAUGCAUUGCUUUAAGAUUGUUAGAAUUAGAUUUUUUAUUUUAUUUUGUUAUUUUCAAUUCAAUAUAUUUAUGGUGAGGGUGUGAGAGAUAUAUAAAUACCCUCACCAUAAAGUGCUUGGUGCAGUAGAACACACAAAAAUCUUAAAAUGCUUCUCUAUGGGGCUUCCCAGGUAUAUCCCCCUCAAAAACAGCCAAUAUACACAAAUACACUGCUCAAAACAAUAAAGAGAACACAAAACUAACACAUCCUAGAUCUGAAUGAAUUAAAAAUUCUUCUGGAAUACUUUUGUUCUUUACAUAGUUGAAUGUGCUGACCACAAAAUCACACAAAAAUUAAAAAAUGGAAAUCAAAUUUUUCAACCCAUGGAGGUCUGGAUUUGGAGUCACACUCAAAAUUAAAGUGGAAAAACACACUACAGGCUGAUCCAACUUUGAUGUAAUCUCCUUAAAACAAGUCAAAAUGAGGCUUAGUAGUGUGUGUGGCCUCCACGUGCCUGUUUGACCUCCCUACAAUGCCUGUGCAUGCUCCUGAUGAGGUGGCGGAUGGUCUCCUGAGGGAUCUCCUCCCAGACCUGGAUUAAAGCAUCUGCCAACUCCUGGACAGUUUGUGGUGCAACGUAACAUUGGUGGAUGGAGCGAGACAUGAUGUCCCAGAUGUGCUCAAUUGGAUUCAGGUCUGGAGAACAGGCGGGCCAGUCCAUAGCAUCAAUGCCUUUGUCGUGCAGGAACUGCUUACACACUCCAGCCACAUAAUGUCUAGCUCCUCCUGUUCCUCCUUGCACAAAGGUGGAGGUAGCGGUCCUGCUGCUGGGUUGUUGCCCUCCUGCGGCCUCCUCCACGUCUGCUGAUAUACUGGCCUGUCUCCUGGUAGCGCCUCCAUGCUCUGGACACUACGCUGACAGACACAGCAAACCUUCUUGCCACAGCUCGCAUUGAUGUGCCAUCUUGGAUGAGCUGCACUACCUGAGCCACUUGUGUGGGUUGUAGACUCCAGCUCAUGCUACCACUAGUGUGAAAGCACCGCCAGUUUUCAAAAGUGACCAAAACAACAGCCAGGAAGCAUAGGAACUGAGAAGUGGCCUGUUGUCACCACCUGCAGAACCACUCCUUUAUUGGGGGUGUCUUGCUAAUUGCCUAUAAUUUCCACCUGUUGUCUAUCCCAUUUGCACAACAGCAUGUGAAAUUGAUUGUCACUCAGUGUUGCUUCCUAAGUGGACAGUUUGAUUUCACAGAAGUGUGAUUGACUUGGAGUUACAUUGUGUUGUUUAAGUGUUCCCUUUAUUUUUUUGAGUGUGUGUGUAUAUAUAUAUAUAUAUAUAUAUAUAUAUAUAUAUAUAUAUAGUUUGUUUAUUGUAUUUUUGUAAUAUUGUAUCCUAUUGUAACAAUGCAAUGUUUUGUGGACCCAGGACAUACUUGAAAAUUAGAGAAAUCUCAAUGUAUCCAUCCUGGUAAAAUAUUUUAUGAAUAAAUAAAUAAAUACCAGAUCUGGUAUCUCCCACAUAUGAUGUCUCCCACAUAGCAAGAACAAUGUGUGUGCAUCAUUAGCUAUGGUAGAGUGUGCUGGGAGCACUAAGAAUUUACAUAGAGAGCUUCAGCAGUGCUCUGUAUAUUUUCUUCCCUGAGUGGAGCUAGUCAGGUACCUUUCAGUCAGCCUCUGUCUUAAUAUUAAAGUAAUAGAGGUCCAGGCACUCCUUGAUUCAAGACAGGUACUUUAUUAGGAACCACAACAGCAACGUUUCGACCCCAAAGGUCUUUGUCAAGCUGUCUCAAUCUGUGAGGUAUGCAUUAGUCCACUGAUAUACAUAUCAUCUGCCACUCUAUAGCUCAUACAAGAUGGAGAUGCCACUCCGAAGACAGGAAAUUGGCACAUAUUCAUUAGCAAUGCCCAAAAUUUGUUGGCAGUAAAAUAAUUAGAUUGAUAAUACCAAGAGACUUUAGCAUUUCAUCUCUUCUAACUUUCAAAACAAAACCUAAAAAUUUCCAUUCUAUACAUUAUAAUAUAUAAUUCUUAAAUACUAUAUAAAAGCAAUAAAUAAUGGGAUAAAAGUAGAUUAUUUUAACUUUUUCCAUGAACUUUAAUGGUAUAGCUCUCGGAAUUCUCAUACAAACUCAUACACAUGCACAUUUCCACUCAUACUCACACAUAGUUUCACAGAUGCAAACAGAUACUUAUUCCUAUACAUACCCAUUCCCAAACACACAAACACAGAGACAUGCAUGUGCAUAUACAAACAGAUAUAGAAAUUCACAUAUAUAUAUUUGUGUAAGGGGCAAAUAGCCGUAUAUGGAGUAAGGUUCCAGCAUAAGCGUAGGAUAGUAUAAAGGGAGCAAGUCGGUUGUGGUGUGCCGAGACCGACGAUACGGUAGGCCUGUAAAUAAAGAGGACCCACCAAGGAGUAAGAAAGUAAAGUAAAUGGAAAGAGAAAGUGUUGAAAUGAGGAGUGGGUGGGAGGGUCACCCAAUUUUUUAAAUACUUUCAUUUGCCCCUGGCCUUAUCUUAUAGUUAGGAUAGCCUUAUGCCUAUCCCACGCAUGCUUAAACUCCUUUACUGUGUUAACCUCUACCACUUCAACUGGAAGGCUAUUCCAUGCAUCCACUACCCUCUCAGUAAAGUAAUACUUCCUGAUAUUAUUUUUAAACCUUUGUCCCUCUAAUUUAAGACUAUGUCCUCUUGUUGUGGUAGUUUUUCUUCUUUUAAAUAUAGUCUCCUCCUUUACUGUGUUGAUUCCCUUUAUAUAUUUAAAUGUUUCUAUCAUAUCCCCCCUGUCUCGUCUUUCCUCCAAGCUAUACAUGUUAAGAUCCUUUAACCUUUCCUGGUAGUUUUAUCCCGCAAUCCAUGAACCAGUUUAGUAGCCCUUCUCUGAACCCUCUCUAAGGUAUCAAUAUCCUUCUGAAGAUACGGUAUCCAGUACUGUGUACAAUACUCCAAGUGAGGUCUCACCAGUGUUCUGUACAAUGGCAUGAGCACUUCCCUCUUUCUACUGCUAAUACCUCUCCCUAUACAACCAAGCAUUCUGCUAGCAUUUCCUAUUGCUCUAUUACAUUGUCUGCCUACCUUUAAGUCAUCAGAAAUAAUCACCCCUAAAUCCCUUUCCUCAUAUGUUGAGGUUAGGACUCUAUCAAAUAUUCUGUACUCUGCCCUUGGGUUUUUACGUCCAAGAUGCAUUAUCAAGCACUUAUCCAUAUUAUAUGUCAGUUGCCACAAUUCUGACCAUUUUUCUAGUUUACCUAAAUCAUUUGCCAUUUGGCUUAUCCCUCCUGGAACAUCAACCUUGUUACAUAUUUUAGUAUCAUCCGCAAAAAGACAUACCUUACCAUCAAGACCUUCUGCAAUAUCACUAAUAAAAAUAUUAAAGGGAAUGGGUCCAAGUACAGAUCCCUGAGGUACCCCACUGGUGACAAGUCCAAGCUUCGAAUAUAUUCCAUUAACUACAACCCUCUGUUGCCUGUCACUCAGCCACUGCCUUACCCAUUCAACAAUAUUGGAAUCCAAACUUAAAGAUUGCAGUUUAGUGAUAAGCCUUCUAUGUGCAACAGUGUCAGAAGCCUUACUAAAAUCUAGGUAAGCAAUGUCUACUGCACCACUCUGAUCUAUAAUUUUAGUUACCCAAUCAAAAAAAUAUAUAAGAUUAGUUUGGCAUGAUCUCCCUGAAGUAAACCCAUGUUGUCUCUGAUCUUGAAAUCCAUGUGUUUUUAGAUGUUCAACAAUCCUAUCCUUUAACAUGGUUUCCAUCACUUUCCCCACUACUGAAGUAAGGCUUAGUGGCCUAUAGUUGCCCGACUCCUCCCUAUUACCUUUCUCGUAAAUGGGCACAACAUUCGCUAACUUCCAAUCUUCUGGGACUACUCCUGUUAACAAUGAUUGGUUAAAUAAAUCUGCUAAUGGUUUUGCUAGUACACCACUAAGCUCUUUUAAUAGCUGUGGGUGUAUUCCAUCAGGUCCCAUUGACUUAUUUGUCUUUACUUUUGACAGUUGAAAUAGAACCUCUUCCUCUAUAAACUCACAUGUAAUAAAUGACUCAUUUAUCCUUUUUCUUAACUGAGGUCCUGUCACGGUAGUUUACCCCUACACGCAGGAUUUAGUUCAACAAUCGACAGAUAGAGCACAUACGACUUACCGGACCUUAGAAUGGCCGGACUCGCCGUAUAGCAGAGAAUAGACAGAGUCAAGAACAAGCCGAGGUCAAGGGAACAAAGAGACAGCGAGAACAAAAACUAGCCAAGGUCUGGUACACAGUAGUCAGUAAGCUGACAAACAAGACAAAACAGGGAUAGAGAGAUAAACGGAGUCAGAUACAAAGCCAAGGUCAAGCACGAAAAUCACAACUGAACACAACAAGCGCUAAAGGGAACUGAAACAGAAACCACGAUAGGGCAGGGAGUUAAGGGAGAGGUAAGUAUAAAUACCCUAAACUUUACUUUGAUUGGCCCCUGUCAUAUCCACGCCCCCAAAAUGUGAGUGUCUGGGGAAUGUAGGAUGACAGGGGCCAAUGGGAGCACAUUUCAUUUUUUGGCUCCCACUGCCCCUUGAAGAGCGUGCCCGAGACGCGCGGCACGCUCUAAGAGCUAGGCGGAACACGUGAGGCAGUCAGCUAGACCUUUAUCCUCUUCUACAUUAAUCUAACUAAUCCUUGUUUUACUUUUCUUUUCUCAUUUAUGUAUCUAAAAAAAGUUUUGUCCCCCUUUUUUACUGACUGUGCUAUUUUCUCUUCCGUGUGUGAUUUGGAAGCUCUUAUAACUUGCUUAACCUCUUUCUGCCUAAACUAACGUACCAAAUUCUAACGUAACCCAAACGGACUCUAUGUUCACCUCACUAACUUUUAUUAGGCUAGAUUUUAUGCUACCCUUCACAUACAGGGCCACCCCUCCCCCUUUCUUGCCUUUCCUGUCUUUUCUAUAUAAAGAGUACCCUGGUAUUGCUAUGUCCCAGUCAGUUUUUCUCAUUGUACCAUGUCUCAGUAACAGCGACUAAAUCUAUACUAUCAGUUGCCAUUAUUGCCACAAGUUCAUGGAUCUUAUUCCCUAAACUGCGAGCAUUUGUAGACAUGACUCUAAGCUUAUCAUUUGUUAACACACUUGCUACAGGCACCUUCUGUCCUUGUUUUGGGGGACAAUUAAAUUGAUGUUUUAUCACCCUUUUGCCCCCCCCUCCUAGUUUAAAUACAUCCUAGCAAAACCUCUGAACUGCUCACUGAGAACAUUUGUUCCCCUUUGAGAAAGAUGCAAACCAUCUUUUUUGUACAGGUUAUUUCCAUUCCAAACAGAGCUACCAUGAGAAAUAAAGCCAAAUCUUUGCUCCCGACACCAUUCACCAAGCCACAAAUUAAAGUCCCUAAUACGCAUCCGCCUGUCGUUCUGAGUGUUAUGCACAGGCAGAACUUCAGAGAAUGACAGUGUGGAAGCAACCUGCCGUAUAUCAUUGGCAAAAACACUAAAACUUCCUUAACCUCUGAAACCUCAUUGCAAGCCAAGUCAUUUGUCCCUAGAUAGACAAGUACAUCCAAUUCCCCUUCCUGCUUUGCUUGCUUAACAAUAUUACAGAUACGUCUCCUGUCUCUGUGAGCAGUAGCUCCGGGAAGACACCUCACAAGACCACCAUUGUCCAUCUCCACACCUCUUAUGAUGGAAUCCCCCAACAACAACUGCUUUCUAUUAGGCCUCACCAUAGUCUCCAAGCCGGUCUCCACAACACCACUAGCCUCAGUGCCUCUCUCCACAACACCACUAGCCUCAGUGCCUCUCUCCACAACACCAUUACACUCUGAAAGUGCAGAAAAUGAAUUAUGUAGAGCAGCAGACUGUGCAAUAUGCCUUUUAUCCACAACUCUAAGUCUACCAGAUCCUACAGUAAUCCAUCUGCCAUUCCUAGUAUGUCUCUGCGGCAGUGGCUUUGCAGCAGUUCCAGUCUGAGUUUGUUUACUAGAUAAUUUACAAAUCUCAGACUUCAAGAAUUCAAUCUCCUGCCGCAAGAUAGAGAACUGUCUACAGAUUAGACAACAACCAAAGCUCCAAAAAGUGGAAUGUGAAACAAAUGCAACUAUUACACUGAACUAAGUCUGCCAUUCCAAUGAGGUGAAUAAUUUAAAUCAAACAAAUCUUAACUUUUUAUUUAUCCUCCUGAAUACCUCAGAUUACCUCCAGUUUAUCUCCAGAAUAUCUCCAACCACACACUUAGAUGCAACACUCUCCAGAAUAUCUCCAACCACACACUUAGAUGCAACACUCUCCAGAAUAUCUCCAACCACACACUUAGAUGCAACACUUAGAUGAAGCAGCCAAGCUAUAUUAGCCAAGCUAAUGACAACAACCCUUAUAUAACUCCUAAAAUCACCAUCCACUAGGAAUGUUUAACACCUGGGUAGGCCUCUGCUUAUUUGCAAACAAUAGCUAAUUUAAACAGCAAUCAAUAGCAAGUAGCUAACUAAUCAAAUCAAAUGCCUUAUAAUUACCAACAGGAAAUCAAACCUUGUGCAAUCAGUAACCUUUUCCUACAGAUGAAUCUUACCUGUAACAGUAGAAAAGAAAACUCUUAGCACAACUCUUUGACAGUUGAAGCUUCUGUAAAACUCUCCAGAAUAUCUCCAACCACACACUUAGAAGCAACACUUAGAUGAAGCAACCAAGCUAUAUUAGCUAAGCUAAUGACACUUAUAUAACUCCUAAAAUCACCACCGACUAGGGAUGUUUAACACCUGGGUAGGCCUCUGCUUAUUUGCAAACAAUAGCUAAUUUAAACAGCAAUCAAUAGCAAAAAGAAGCAAAACCUAGGAGAAAUGUUAUGACACAGGUUGAGCGAUGUCGUGUUCCAAUGAGAUUCAUUAAGCCAGGUGAAAAGCUGUGUUAUGCUUUCUACACGUAUGGGACGAAAGUUCUAGGUGGUAUAGUGCAUGCUAUGCUGCAUGAGUAUGUCUAAUCCAUGAUUUUGUCUAUGGAACGAAAUAGUGGCCGUGACUGUAUGGGCAGCUGUAGGAAGCGUAUGAUGAACAUGCCUGGAACAUAAAUUAGACAAUUGUCGGCAGGGAUGUAUACCCCCGCCUGGCAGUGGCGUAGCGUGGGUUGUCAGCACCCGGGGCAAGGCAAGUAAUUUGCGCCCCCUAACCCGUGGAUUUUAGCACUCGAGUCUCUUCCACUAGAUUAGUUAAAGAAACCCUUACCCCCCAAGCACAUGUAUUGUUUGUUAUGAAAAUACUUAUGUAAUUAAAGUAAAAUGCACAGCCAGCCCACUGAGCCCAGUCAGUCCUGACUCCUACCUUUUUUUUCACCGGCUGUCCCGGACCCGAUCACAGCAGUCAGCAGGCUAGGUUUUCUCCUCCAGGUCCUCCUAGGUUUUCCUCCUGCAGCGUCUGUCACCACUGGCUCCCUCUCUCCUCUCUGGCCUGGCUGUGUCACCUGCCGCCGCUGCCAGCUUCUUCUUGCUGCUGCCUGGGCUGGUCUGGUGACUGGUGUGGUUCUCUCCCGUGCUCAGCGCUGCGCUGGGCGGCCGCUGUACUGUCCCUCCCCCAGAUAGUCCCUCGCUCUCUCUUCGCACCCACCGCACCGCACGCCUGGCACCAGGGCCGGUGCAAGGAUUCUUGCUGCCCUAGGCAAGAAUACAUUUUGACGACCCCUUAUGAAUGCAACUACAUUCCCUCAGAAGUUUAUUCACUAAACUCUGAAUUACACUAAAGAGACAUUUAGGGAAAGAGGCACACUGAGUAGAUAUUAAAGGGAAACUAUAGUGCCAGGAAAACAAACUUGUUAUCCUGGCACUAUAGCUUCCCCCUCCGUCAAGCGCAUCCCCCCUCGUGGUGCAGCAGGGGUUAAAACACCUUCUGUCACUUACCUGGGUCCAGCACCAAUGUCUUUUGUGCUGGCUUGGGUCCGCCUUAGCUCCUCAAUGGCCGCGCUCGCAGUGGUAUUUCCGUGACUGGACGUCCCCAUGCAUAGCCACUAGAGGAGUUAACCCUGAAUGGUAAUUAUUGAAGUUUCUUAAAAAUUGCAAUAAUUACCUUUGAAGUGUCACUUACCCAUUUUCUCGCUAAUACACACACUCUCUCACUGGCAUACACACUUACACAUUCUAACUCUAACUUACACACUAACACAUACACAUUCUCACUGACCUACACAUUGUCACUUGCACACUCUCACUAACAUACACAGUGUCACUUACACACUCUCACUAACACACACAGUGUCACCUACAUACUCUCACUUAUACACACACACUCUAACUUACACACUCUCACUGGCAUAGACAUUGUCAGUUACACACUCUAACACCACACAGUGUCACACAUGCUCACUAACAGUGUCACUUGCACACUCUCACUAAGUGUCACUUGCACUCUCUACCUAACACAUACUCACUAACAGUGUCACUUGUACACUUUCCCUAACACAUACUCACUAACAGUGUCACUUGCACACUCUCCCUAACACACACACCCAGAGUCACUUGCACAUUCUCACUAACACACACACACACACACACACAGAGUCACUUGCACACUCUCCCUAACACACACACUGUCACUCAAACACAAACUUUACAUAAGGUCACACUUUAUUUACACACACAAACACACCAAUUUAACACACUCCCCCAUUUACAAACAUGCACACAAUAAGCAAUCCCCCUUAACCAUGCCAUACCUGGGUGCUGUGCCAUACCUGGGUGCUGUGCUGAGCAGAGGUCCAGGCUGCAGGAUCCAGGAUCUUGCUCUUUCUCCUGGGGGAGCAGGAGAGCCAUGCACUUUGAGCACAGCCUGCUUCCUGCUCCCUUCACAGUGCUUCUGGUGUUCACAGGCUCCCCCUGCCUGCAGGAAGCACAGUGCUCUGCUCGGGUUACAGCAAACCCCACUGCCCGAGCAGGUAAGCUUAAUGGUAGCGCCGGCCCUGCCUGUACCUCCCCUCCACAGUGGGUGGCGACCCGGCGGCUCGGAUCGGAUUCGCACAGCUAGCACUGCAGAGAGAGUGAGUGAGCCAGGCAGGGGCAGAGAGCUGCGAGUGCGAGCGCACCCCCCCAGAUGUUGCGCCCGGUGCGGCCGGCCCCCCCUGCACCCCCUCGCUACGCCCCUGCCGCCUGGUACAUGAAAGUAAAAGAAAUGUGAUAAGUGGCCAACUAAGUGAGUUCCCCAGAAAUAUCAUGAUCGUAUGUAUGAUGAGUGGCAUUUGUUGAUGAUAUGACAUGUGCUUAGUUCUCGAGUAACAACGGAUUGAUGACCCUGACCAUGAUUUACCCCAUGCCACAGCAGCUGCUACAAAGAGGCUGAGGUGGUGGAAAAAUUUACAAACCUGGAUGCCAUGGCCAACAGCUCCAAAGCAAUCGUUCCUAGUAGAUCGCUGCCAAACCCGUGGUAGACGCCGCGUCUGACCAUCUGGUUGGAGAAGUGUCAGACAAUCCUGGAAGGAACAUGCUUUUACCAUGCCAAGUGGUUAAGAAAUUCCCCCCCAUGUGCAGGUCUGCUUUGGCUGGGGUGUCUAGGGACAUCCUCUGAUCAUCAUGUUGGAAGUGUGGAAAAAAAGGGAAAGUACUCUGGAUGUGAAAGCGUGGUCUUGUGGUAUGAUUGGCAUGGCAAAAUUAAGGAACCUGGUAGGGAUUGUAGUUACUUCUGGUUGUAAGUACUAAGCAGGAGGUAGUGAUUGAUGUAGUUGAGAUUGUUCCCUAUUUGUCUUGUGGUAACUUGCGUGUAUGGAUGCCGACUCAAGUAGUAUGCCCAGUGAUGUGAUGAUGGUACUGGGAUGCCCAAGUGGUCAACCAGACUAAGCUGCCGUGAGGCUUCUAGUGAAAAAUAUGUUAUUUUUGAUCAACAAGAAGUCUUCUAGAUAGUGUAUGACUGUAAGGCCUCUGGAUAUGUUAUUAUAACCAGCACAGAGUAUCUGCGAAUAUCGAUAGUAGGCUAAUCUGUAGCCCGAAAGUUGAGCGGGGAAAGGAUUGCCCAUUUUAUGCCAUGUAAAUGCCGGUGUGUAGUGUAGAUGGUAGCCGUUUACUGCAUUGAUGAUAUUGGUCUUACUUAACCAAGCUUCAACCCAUGCUUGAGUGAUAGUUGUAAAGGUAGAUCAAUGGUGUUUUAUAGUAAGGAAACUCCUCCGAGGGUAUGAGGGAGUUGAGACUUGGGGUAGUGGAGGUGUGUGUUGCCAAUAAGUCUAUGGUUAGUCUUUGUUUAAGGGAAGAUUUCCUUGUGACAAUACCAAUGUGUUUGUGUUUGGCGCCGUGCUGUAAAUGGUGGAGAUUGGAAAACCCAAGUAAAAACCCCUCUGCAAAUCUUGGCUCUGAGUGUGUUUACAGCCGAUGGUUCUGUUGUGUGACUGGAAGUGAGGGCAUGCUAUAUUCCUUGAAGGUGCAUUUAUGGUACCUGUAUGGGAGCCCUUUGAAGCUCCAGAACUUUAGUAAAUCUACUACAAGUCUGGAAGGGUGAUGAGUCAGUAGUGUUGGUGUGUACAGAUGGUGAGUACGUUUUUUGUAAGUUGUAUUGGGACACAUGGUUUGUCAUGUGCCCUGAACCAUUUGAACAUAUAUACAACAGUCUAUAUGCAAUGCAACUACUCAUACCAAUUGUCUCUGGUAGUUCAGAGGUGCUGGUACCUGGAGCCUGAGAGUGCUCGUCCGUUUGUUUGGGACAAAAUCCCUUCUGUAUGGGUACCUGCACAAAUAAACAUUUCUACAUAUGCCAACACAACCAAGGGAUGGUCAGUUCCCGAUUUACCUGGAAUCCCUGGAUCUGAUUAUCACAGAUACAUCAUAAUACAUAUAUAUGCCUUGUUUCCCCAAUGUGCUGGGAAAAUAUGUGCAGGGUUAACAUCUUGUGUGUCAUAAGAAUUGAUUGUACCAGGUAACUGAGUUUCAGUUGGUGCUGGUUGUACAGUAGCAUAAGACCCAGUCUUGUGAGGGCUGUGGUGACCAACUCAAGAUUGUCAGUCUGUCGUAAAUCUUUUGGCUCAUGAGUUUAUGAGUGAGGCUAGCAUGGCCUGGGUAUCACCUGAGUGGGUGUUGCUGGGCCUUCCCCUGCCUCCGUGUUGUCCGUUGAUGUAUGGAGGAGUUUGAAUAACUCUGCUUUCCUUGCUGUGGCAGGGUAGGGGAUUUGUCGCCUCCUUAGGUCAGUGGUAAUGUGUGGGAUCGUCCAGGAUCUGAUUGCUGCUGGACUAUCAACAUCUCCUCUGCUUGUAGGUGUAUCAAUUCUAGCAGGGGUGCUAGGAAGAGGUGAUUCUUCACCAUCUUUUUGAGAAAUACUUAAAUAACAAUAAAGAUUGCAAUUAUUAUCUGUACCCAGGGGUCUUGUACUGGCUUGCUAGCUAAGCCGUAAGGUGAAACGAUUAGGCUUGGUGUUUUAUGGUGACUGGUGAGGCCCUGCUAGUUGCCAAGUGGCUUGAGAGGCUCUAUCUAUGCUUGGUGCGAGGGGAUUUUGUGUGGCCACUGAACGUUGUGGCAGGAUGUUGGCCUCUCGAUGACAGUAACCAGAAAAUAGGAAGGGGAGUGGCAGGUGAGGUCCUCUCUAAGAUACAAUGCGAGGCAGCUAACUCACGAGUGGCCCAAGGGGUGUAUGCCUCCGAGUGUGAGGCAGGGUGUUGGCCUCGCGGGACCACUGACCGAAGCGUAAUGCAGAGAAAAAAGGGGGUAAUACCUAUUGGGCCCUAGAACCCUAAUUGCCAGUACGCUAUUACUAUUCCAGGGAAGGUAAGAGAUGGAUAACUCAGUGAGCAGGUGUAUGUACCUGGUAGUAUGGUAUUGAACCUGACAAUCCGUAUAGGUUUUUUAGUAGUAACUGUAACCUGAAUGGAUAAAACCGUAUGGCAUAAGGAAAUAUGGCAUAAACCAAGCUUAUCUUAAUACGUACAGUAUAUGUGCUGCAGGGAGGAAGUGAUGGCCGGUCACUUCCUCCCAGCUUACUCCACGUGGAAGGGAGAGGGAGAGCAGAGGGAGAGCGGAGGAAAGGGAGAGCAGAGGACAGGAGAGGACACCAGAGGCAUCCACUCCCAUCAUCCCCAGCCGCCCUCCUGCAACUUAAAGGUAAGAGGAGGGUGGCUGAUAAAUGAAGUGUGUGUGUGUAUGUGUGUAUGUAGGUGUCUGCAAGUAUGUAUGCAUGUCUGUGUGUGUGUAUGUCAGUAUGUAUAUAUGUCUGUGUGUGUAUGUCAGUAUGUAUAUAUGUGUGUGUGUGUCAGUAUGUAUGUGUGUAUGUAUGUCAGUAUGCAUGUAUGUCUGUGUGUGUGUGUAUGUCAGUAUGUCUGUAUGUAUGUGUCUAUCUGUAUGUGUGUGUGUAUGUCAGUAUGUAUAUAUGUCUGUAUGUAUGUCUGUUUGUCAGUAUGUAUGUAUGUAUGUCUGUCUAUGUAUCUGCAAGUAUGUAUGUAUGUCUGUGUGUGUAAGUCAGUAUGUAUAUAUGUCUGUGUGUGUGUCAGUAUGUAUGUGUGCAUGUAUGUAUGUCAGUAUGCAUGUAUGUCAGUAUGUCUGUAUGUUUGUGUGUAUGUGUCUGUAUGUGUGUGUGUAUGUCAGUAUGUAUGUAUGACAGUAUGUAUUAAUGUGUAUGUAUGUAUGUCUGUAUGUCUGCAUGUCAGUUUGUAUGUAUGUCUGUUUGUAUGUAUGUGUGUGUCAGUAUGUGAGUAUGUAUGUACGUCAGUGUGUGUGUAUGUAUCUGUAUCUGUGUAUGUGUCUAUAUGUGUGUAUGUCUGUUUCAGUAUUUGUGUCUGUUAGUAUGUGUGUAUCUUUCUGUGUGUGUGUGUCUGUGUCCUUUUGUGUCUGUGUAUUCCUGUGGGCGGGAUUUGGAGGCCGGGCUUGGAGGCGGGCACCCGGGAGCCCAGCCCUUGAGCUGUGUUAGGGGCCCCACAAUUUCUGACGGCGGCCCUGAGUGCAGCCAUCUACUUUUGCAAUAUAAAUAUAUACACUACUAGGCAUUCCCAGACAUACAUUGCCAAAUACACAAAUACACACUGCCACGUCACACUUGAAUGUGCAAUGUCUCACACUCAGAUGCAUGCUGCAACUCACAGAUACACAAUGAAACACACUGAUAAUUAAUGGCAAACAUACUCAAGCACUUACGGAUACAAACACAUUGACACCUACACUGACAUGCUCAUACAAAGAUUCACAAACUGCCCUACACAGAUACACACUAUCACACAGAGAAAUAAAUGCAUAUUAUUUUAGCCACGCUCUUGUUUUCAUCCCUUUAGUUUGCAGAAGGGUGGCUUCCCUCGAGUCCAGUCCAGUGUUAAAUGAUGUUGAAUAUUGGCUGCUUUCUCUCCCUGGGCAACUCUGUGUAUGUGUAGAGAGGAAGCUAAGUCUAAUCACCAACUUUCAACCAGAGGCCUGGUCCGAGGCAGCUGGUAAAGGCCCCAAUGGGCCACUUGACCCGGUCUCUGGCCUGAGUAUGGAUUUUAGUGACCUAAUGGUGGCCCUGGAUAUGUUCACUUUUACUGACACAAAUAAUGACACAUACACACUUUUAACACAGACAGACUAAUACCUGUACACUUUUAUUGCUACACACAUGUUUUCACACACUGACACAUGGAUAACAUCUCCUAAUUCAUAUACAAAUUAUCACAGUGAUAAUUGAGAUAUUUGUAUUACUAGUUGUGAAGGUAAUACUCACUUUCAAUGAAUGAAGGUUUGUGGCUUUUGCACUGCCAUAACACCCAGGGAUGUAUUUACCACAAGGCAAACAAAGUAUUUGCCUAGGGCGGCACUUUCGGGGGUGAGUGGGGGGAGGGAAGGAGCGCCAAAAAAUGCCACCACAAGCCAGACAAAUGCCUUGUUUGCCUCGUGUUCUGGGGCUGUCCACCUUACAGUGAGUGAUUGAGUGUAGCUGUCAGUGUGUGUCUGUGAGUGAGUGAAAGUGUGUGUGUGUCUUUCAGUGAGAAUGGGUGUGUGUGCCAAUGACUCUGUAUCUGUCAGUGAGUGUAUCAAUGAGGGCAUGUGUCUGUCAGUCAGAAAAAUUGGCCUUGACACGAAUUGGGGAGGCAAAUUUAGAUUUUGGGGGUGCCCGAAUUUAGUCGUGCCUAUGGCAGCACAAAUCCAAAAUACACCACUGAUAACACCCACUUUAUAUCCAUCCCUCCUCCUGUCCCUCUCUGACCUGGGUACACUAAACAAAGCAGGGUAAUCUUCAGCAGUGAUGAGAUACUUAAUAUUUGCUACACAUGUAAUCACAGCAACUAAUGCACAUGCAAUGUAAUUACUGUGACUGAGAACAAGAAAACCACCUGAAUAAGGGCUCCUUUACUCUUCCCUGCUCCGCAAUUGUCGGCAUUGAGGUCUAUUCUGACUCAAUUGUGAAAAAUAUUUGAGACCCUUGAGGGUGACCAAAACUUUGCAUAGAUUUUAACCCCUAAAAGACUGAGCCAAUUGAAUAAGUUGUGAUUUAUACAAAACGUAAACAAAACCGGCGGCCUUAGGGGUGUGCAAGCUGUGCGCAGGGCGCCAUGGCAGCAGAGGGUGCCAUGUGGCAACACAGUACACACACUCCCUGUUGUAGCAUGGCCGCGCUGCACCUGAGGGGAGCAUUUAAUUCUUAUUGGCCAGACUAGCUGACAAGGCAGGGGCAGGGCUAAAUUCACAGAUGAGGUGGAGCUACAUGAGCGACAGGGGCUGAGCUACAUGCCACCGGAUCCCGCUGCCUGGAAACAUGUUCACACUGUGGGGGAAGCAGGUAGGAGUCCCCAGACACCUAUACCCCAGCCAGCCCAUAAGAGAGAGACUAGCAGUAACUGUGUGUGUGAGAGAGAAACUGUCUGUAACUGUGUGUGUGAGAGACUGUCUAAAUGUGUAUGUGAUAGAGAGACUGUCUGUAACAUUGUGGGUGUGUGUGUGUGAGAGAGAGAGCUUGUCUGUAACGGUAUGUGUGUGUGUUUCUGAGAGAGAGACUGUCUAAAUGGGUGUGUGUGAGAGAGAGAAUGUGUAUGUGUGUGUGUGUGUGUGCGUGCAUGCGUGAGAGAGAGAGACUGUCUGUAAUUUUGUGAGAGAGAGGCUGUCUGUAACUGUGUGUGUGUGAGAAAGAGACUGUCUGCAACUGUAUGUGUGUGUGUGUGUGAGAAAGCAAGAGACACUCUGUAACUGUGUGUGAGAGAGAGACUGUCUGUAACUGUGUGUGUAUGUAUGUAUGUGAGAGAGAGAGUCUGCCAGUGUGUGUGUGUGUUUGUGAAAGAGACUGUCUGUAACUGAGUGUGUGUGGCUGUCUGUAACUCUUUCUGCUUGUACCUGUGUGCGAGACUGUCUGUAACUUUGUGUGUGUGUAACAGUCUGUCAUUGUGUGUGUGUAUGUGACUGCCUUUUAUUGUGUGUAUAACUAUUUACCUGUAACUGUAUGUUACUAGGUGCCUGGGACUUUGUGCAUGUGUCUGUAUUUGACAGUGUAUGUGUAUAAUUGUGUGCAUCUGACCGUGAUACUGUGUGCAUGUGAAUCUGCAAAAAUACACACCUGCAUUCACACAUGGGCCUAUAUGCAUAUUUUUAUCAGAGUAAAAUAUCCAUCACACACAGCCAAUAAUCCCAGCACAAAUUUCACACUUCCAUCACACACAGACAUCACGCCUCUCGCACACAUUUAUUAAAUCCCCUAUAUAAAAAAAUUGCACCGGCCCUGGGCACAUCUCUGCAUUUGCUGGUGUCUUAUUCUGGUAUAUAAGAGGGAUAGCAGAGGACAAAUGUGGAACAUUGCUAGUAGUUGUUGGAUGCUGAUUGUGGGAUUGCGUGUAUGUAGAG